UUUACAGAACGCAUGCGUAAGAAAUAGUUAUGUUGACAAAAAUCGAGAAAAUAAUAAUAAUCGGACUGAUGAACUGAUUGAAUUUCUAUGAGAUUUAUUAUGAUAUAGCAUUAUCUGUGAUAAUUUAUUAGUUACGAGGCAAAAACAGAAAUUGAUAAAAAUGUCAAAGCCUAAAUCUGCGGAAUGUGUGAAAGUGGUUGUGAGAUGCCGACCAAUGAAUGAAAAAGAGACAGCUGAUCACCAUGUUGGUGUGGUAGAAAUGGAUGUAAAUAAAGGUGUUAUAGCUGUAAAAAAUAUAAAUAAUCCUGGAGAUCCACCUAAAACUUUUACAUUUGAUUCAGUUUAUGAUUGGAACUCAAAACAACGUGAUUUAUAUGAUGAAACAUUUCAUGAUUUAGUUGAAUCAGUAUUACAAGGUUUUAAUGGAACUAUAUUUGCUUAUGGACAAACUGGAACUGGUAAAACCUUUACUAUGCAAGGUAUAAAAGAAGACCCAGAAUUACGAGGUGUUAUACCUAAUUCCUUUGAACAGAUUUUUCAACAUAUUUCCCGCUCACAAAAUCAACAAUAUUUAGUACGUGCAUCAUACUUAGAAAUUUAUCAGGAGGAUAUAAGAGAUUUAUUGUCAAAGGAUCAAUCUAAAAGAUUAGAUUUAAAGGAAAGACCUGAUACAGGCAUCUAUGUGAAGGAUUUAUCAUCAUUUGUAACUAAAAGUGUAAAAGAAAUUGAACAUGUUAUGCAUGUAGGUAAUCAGAAUAGAUCUGUUGGAGCCACGAAUAUGAAUGCUCAUAGUUCACGAUCUCAUGCUAUAUUUAUUGUAACAGUGGAAUGUAGUGAGAUAGGUGUAGAUAAUGAAAAUCAUAUUCGUGUUGGUAAAUUAAAUAUGGUAGAUUUAGCUGGUAGUGAAAGACAAGCUAAAACAGGUGCAACUGGUGAUAGGUUAAAGGAAGCUACUAAGAUCAAUUUAUCAUUAUCAGCACUAAGUAAUGUUAUAUCUGCUUUAGUUGAUGGUAAAAGUACACAUAUACCAUAUCGAGAUUCUAAACUUACUAGAUUAUUGCAAGAUUCCCUAGGAGGUAAUGCUAGAACUGUUAUGGUGGCUAAUAUAGGUCCUGCUAGUUAUAACUGUGAUGAAACUCUUACAACACUCAGGUAUGCAAAUAGAGCUAAAAAUAUCAAAAAUAAACCCAAAAUUAAUGAAGACCCUAAAGAUGCUCUGUUACGUGAAUUUCAAGAUGAAAUUGCCAGGUUAAAAAAUCAGCUGACUUCUAAAGGUGGACCAAAGAAAAAGAAAAAAAGAAGACAGAGAAGAAAUAAAGAUGGUGAAAUAAUAGAAGAUGAUGAUGAUGAUGAUGACCAAGAAGGAGGAGGUAAUGAUGAUGAUGCUGAAGCCUAUAUGGCGGAACAACAGUCUAAAUUAGAUGAAGAAAAGAAAGCUAUAUUAAAUGACACUACACUUAUAGCGGAGGUCAGUUUUUCUACUUUAAAAUUGGGCUAUUUGUCCUGUCCAUCCGAAAAAGAAAAGUUUCUAGAAGAAUUGAAAGAAAAAGGAGAAAAGUUGAUGAAAGAAAGAGAAAUGAAAGAUGCUUUAUCAAGUAAAAUAAAGGCUAUGGAGAGUAAAUUACUGAUGGGUGGUAGAAAUAUCAUUGAUCAUACAAACGAACAACAGAGAGCUCUUGAACAAAGAAGACAAGAAAUAGCUGAACAAAAGCGAGUAGAAAGAGAAAUUAAACAGAAAUUGGAAGAAAAAGAAGAAUCUGCUGUUGAAUUACAAGAAACCUAUGCAUCAUUACAACAAGAAGUUGAUGUGAAAACUAAAAAACUUAAAAAGGGUGAGAAUAUUUUACAAGUUGAACUAGACAUGCCAAAUCGUACAACACGAGAUUACGAGGGACCGACGGUAGCGCCAAGAGUACAAGCAGCAUUAGAUGCUGCCUUACAAGAAGAAGAAAAUAUUGAUAUUGAUGGAAGGUAA